AUGCGCUACAGGUUCUGGCACUCGGCACAUAGCCAUCCACAUGGCGCGUCCCCAUUGGACCAGGUCGUGGUGGACACGUCAGCAGCACCCUCCGUGUCAUUUAGCGACGCACUCAUGAAAGAAGUCCUUCCCAGAAGCUUCCCGGAUGGGAGUGAGGGGGAGGAGGAGUUGUGGAGGAAAGGAGACGGCAUGAGAAAGGGUUUUAAAAGGAUUUUUGUCUAUAUCCUCGUUGCAGCAUGCAUGUUCCUCACAUGGUUGCUGAUGCGCUCCUAUACCACGUCAUCCCUCACCCACAUGGGCCGCAACAUGCGGGCGCAACUGGUGCAGGGCGUAUCUGCAGGAAUGGGCGCAGCCCUUGCCACUGUACCCUCCUCCUCUGGAGCCCAACUGGCACCUACACUACAAGGAACCUUCGUCUCCUUCUCAGGAACCUUCCCUGGAGAGGACUCAUCGGGACACUUACACACACUCAUACUCCUUGCUAGAGUUACCAAUAAUACUCUCCACUAUACCGUGGAUCCUUCACAACCCGCCAACCCCAGCCUAUCCGACGCUGCCACGUCAGCCAGCCCUGUUGUAUCCGUUGCAGCACAGUACCUCGCUUCCGCCGUCUCCCCCUCCCAGCUCCUCUCUUCCUGCUUCUUCUCCCCUGACCAUGUCCCCCUGGACCCUAAACCCGGGGGUACAGAGCAGCUGUACUACGUGGACGCAUGCCCUGUCAGUGUCAACGCCUCGGCCUCUAGUCUACAGGGGACAGUGCAGCAGCAGCAGCAGCAGGGUGAUGAUCUGCUGGUGAUCUCCAUAGUGCCGUCGGCUCUCAUCCUCGCUCCCUCGGAUCCCGGCAGUGACACGGUCAGGGCGCUCUGCAUCUCCCUGCCACUGGUCGUCCUCGUUAUAGGCCUGCUGCUCGUCUGCAUGAACACAUCCAUGGACUUGGCUCGAACGGGGCAGACGCUGCGCGAGGAGCUGGUGCGGCAGCUGGUGGAGAAGCACAGGGCGCCUAAGAAGCUGGUGCGGCAGCUGAUGGAGAAGCACAGGGUGGAGCAGCGCAGCAACCACAAGAGCCAGUUCCUCGCCAACAUGAGCCAUGAGCUGCGCACGCCCCUGGCGGGCAUCAUAGGGCUGCUGGACCUGCUGGCGUGUGACGCGCUCUCCCCCGAGCAGGAGGCCAUGCUGCGCACGCCCCUGGCGGGCAUCAUAGGGCUGCUGGACCUGCUGGCGUGUGACGCGCUCUCCCCCGAGCAGGAGGCCAUGCUGCGCACGCCCCUGGCGGGCAUCAUAGGGCUGCUGGACCUGCUGGCGUGUGAUGCGCUCUCCCCCGAGCAGGAGGCCAUGGUGCUGCAGAUCAAGCGCUCUCCUCCCCUUCUGCUUUCCUUCCCCCCUUCUUCUAUACAGCCAUGA